GUGGGAUGGCGCUCUCUCGGGAAGCGGGUGAGUUUGAAGCUGCAAGACGAGCUCCAUGGAAACCAGGCCGCGGGACAUCAGGGUCUGUCGGGACUUAAGAUCCGAAGGGGCUUCCGGCCUGCCAGUUCUUAUCGAGGCCGACAAAGCCUCCCUUUGUAAGGGAAGAUGACCGGCGCUAAAUCUGGAGCCCCCAGUUGCACGCAGGCUUGACAACUGAGAUGCUGACUCUCCUUUGAUAUUAGUUGAAAGCUGAGAUUGUGAUGGCAAGACCAGUAAUUUCCCCAAUGGAUGUCCAACCAACGGCUCCUGAAACCUUUGUUGUGCUGAACCAAAGAAUGAAAGUAGUUGAAGAGGAGACAAAUGCACUGUUGAAUGAUCUGCAUAAAAUGGGAGUGAGCAGACCCAGCAUGGAACAAUUACCUGCAAUCCACCUGGUGCACUCUGAGGACCACCAAUCCAUCAGCCCUGUCCAAGUUCGAACAGCAUUUGUUGGAGCAAAUAACUCACUGUGGAGAACCUGCGAAACUCUGGUGAAUCGAAUAUGCCGGCUUGAGAGUGUCAUCCAGACCGUAAAACUGAACAUGUUCCGAUUACAAACAGAAAAAGAAUUGAAUCCAAAGCAUGCAGCCAAUUUGGAACAGCGGCUGAAUACAAUACAGGAGGAGCACAUGGAGGAGCUAAAGGUGCUGCAAAUGGAAGGGAGGAUGCUGUGCCAGCAGCUGAAGGAGUCUCGAGAAGAGGAAAAGAAAUCCAGGGAUCAAGUGGAGAAGCUAAGCGCUGCCCUAGAAAUUGCAACAAAGAGAGAUGUAACUAUUUCAGCUGAAGAAUUGAGAGCAACAAAAGAAAAAAUGAACAAUAAACUCCAAGAGAUAAUGGAUAAAUUAUCCAAGGAGUCCAGCUCAAGGGAGUCUUUGGAACAAGGUCAGGUUGUCCUUCUUUAUCAGAUGCGUGAUAUGGAAGCAAUGGUGGAAAAAGAACGGAAGCAGGUUCAAAUUCUGCAGCAGGACUGUAACAUUCUACGACAUAAUAUUCAGCUAUCUCAGGAGACAUUACAGAAAGAACAAGAGAAAAUAGUUCAAUUAGAGCAGGAAUGUGUACAUCUUAAAAAUGAUCUAGAAUCACGAGACAAGACCAUUUCCAAGCUAAGUGAAAAAGUCCAAGCUACACAGCUAUCUUUGAAUACAGCACAAGAAAAGAAUGCAAAGUUUCGGUCAAAAAUAUUUACUUUGCAAGAGGUAGCAAGUAAGGCACAGAAACUUAAUGAGCAAUUGGCUCAACAGUGCACAGAUCUAAGUGGUGCUCUUCAAAAAGCUAUUGCGGAAAAUGCUCAACUUACUUCAGAUCAUCAGGCUGCUCUUCAGGUGGAACAGGAAAAAAUGCACCAAAAACUGAAGGAACAAGACUUGAUUUUGGAUGCUGCUCGAACCAGUGUUAUGGAAGAGCUGCAGAUUGUGCAGAAAGAAAAAGCUCAGCUCCAGAAAGAACUAGAAGACUUGCGAACUGAGCAUGCUGAAUGCAAGAAGAGAGACUAUAAAGAAGACACCAUUCCCACAGAAAAAAACAGUCUGGAGCAUAUAGUUUCCCAGACCCAAAAUGAAAUGGAGACAAUUCUACAGGAGCGAAAUUCUUUGCUGGAAGAGAAAAAGAUACUUGAAGAAGAGUUGCAGCAAACAAUACAAGAAACAAGAAGAAUGAUUGAAAAGUUGGAAGCCGAACUAACAGAAAAAAAGUUGGAAAUUAAUUGUCUGCAAGAGUCAGUCAGAGCACUAGAGAAAGAAAAAAGGGAUUUUUUGGAGCAGGAUGCUGCACUUAAGCACCAAAAGCUGAGAGUACAGCAACUGGAAGAAGAACUGCAGUCCUUCGUAUAUGUGCAAUCAGAAAAUAAUCAGCUCCGCAAAUUUUGUAUAGCCCUAAAGGCUGAAUAUGAUCAGACACAGUCCCUCCUUGUCUGUAGAGAGGAAGCUCUUUCUAUGUCAGUCAAAUCCCAUGAUGAAGCAUUAAGAGAGAACCAGAAGCUCAGAGGGCAAAUAGAUGUCAUUGAAGAAAGAGAGAAGCGUAAGCUGGCAAAUCUACAACGCAAGCUGGAAGAAUCAAAGGAAGAUAACAUCAAAAUGACCACAAUUCUACAAAAUGUGUUGGCUUCUCAUAACAAGAUGCAGGUAGCUCUGGAAAAGGUGCAGAUUGAAUUGGAUCACAAAGAUUCUGAUAUUGUUGGCUUGAAGAAAGAAAGGACCCAGAAUCAGCAAAGAAUUCAGACGCUGGAAGAAGAGCUGGAAGAAUGUCAGAAAAAGCUAGCUUUGGAUGCCCAGCGCAAUGUGAAGAUGAACGCACUUCGUAAAGCCCUGGAAACUUCCAAAUUGGACAAGAAGAAGCUUAUCCAAAAUUUAGAGCAAAUUCUGCAGACCAAUAGUGCCUUGGAAAGCAAACUCUCUCUUGUUCAAGAUGAGCUGGAAAGCAAAGAAGCAGAAUGCCAGCAAUUAAUGCAAUGCAGGGACCAGCUCAUUGAAGAAACCAAGAGGGAGACAAAGUUCUAUGCGGAUCGUCUGGAGACCCUGAAGAAACAGUUUCAGACUGAACGAGAAGUGGCGAAGAAAUCAGGCCAAAAAGAAUCAGCCGAGGUUAAAAAAGCUCUUGAAGAGGCCUGUUCUAAGUCUACCGAAAUACUACGUUGCAACAAAGAACUGCGGGCAAAAGUGAUAGAUCUGGAAGCUGCACUGACAACUCAGAAGGAGAAGGUAAAAAAGCAGAAAAUACUAAUCACCCAGUACUUCAACUCCAAGACCAACAAUACACACAAUGCAGAGAAAAUCAAGGAGAUUGAAUUGGAAUUGAGGCAAAUGGAAGAGCUGAAGGACUUAUACCAGAAGAAAAACUACGAGCAGUCCCAUAGUAUCAAACAAUUUGCCACCGAAUUAACAAGCCUACAAAGUGAGAUGCAGCAACUGGCCAAAAAUCAGCAAGUGAUGGAAAAUCAACUGGAAGAAGAAAGGAAGAAGCGGAAACAGCUUGAAGAAGAGUGCCAAACUUUGGAAGACACCAUUAAGGAGCUCAAGAAGUGCAAGGAGGCUACUGAAGAGAAACUAAAAGAAGCCAGCAUUGAGUCUCAACAAAUAUCUGCUAACCUAGAAGAAGCUCAUCACUGGUUCAAGUCCAAGUUUGAUAUUCUGCAGCGGGAGCUAGUCAAAAACCGAAAACCAAAGCUGAGUGAAGAAAGUGAAGAGGAGAAUAAGCCAGUGAGGAUCCCUAGCCAGGCCUGCCUGAAGCGGUGGGAGACUAAAAAUCACCUGAAGCACAUGUCCAGGAAAUAUUUAACAGAACAAAAUAAUUGAUGAUCUGCUUACCCAGGAGGUUCCAGGAUGUAAAAGAUGACCCUGCACCUGUGAACAUCAUGUCUCAGAUCUAGGGCCCCAAGAACGGUGAUGUACCUGGAAGGAGCCAAAUGGUAGAUCAUUUCAGCAUGAUCCUCCACAUACUGAUGUUAACAGAGGAGAUCUUAUAUGGACUAGGAAUGCUCUACACUAAUGAAGAAAAGUCCUCUAAACUUUAGGUACUAGGUUUCAACUACCAAGUCUUUAAAAUGCCUGUGUGGAACUUUUCAGACCGGAAAACUUCAAGUUUUAUUAAAAAUAAAUUAUGUGCCUCAAUCUUAAACUCUUCCUGAGCAAAUAAUUUCCAUUUUUAAAGUUACACAUAGGAUUCAAAUCUACACGGGGAUAAGUAUACAGAGUCAACCUUGUAAUACUAUAUACAUACUAUACACCGUGAUAUAAUUUGUAUAUCUUGUAUAUUAACAGUUGUGCUUUAUUUGCAAUUCAAGAAAGGAAAACUAUUUGGAUUUCUUUCUUUAUAAAUGGCAAGUCUGAAGCCUUGACCAGAUUAAAUUUUAUAGAG